AUGGCGCCUUCCAAGAGCAUCCUCGUCGUCGUCUUCGCCCUCUUCGCCGUCGCCGCCUCGCUGCCUCCGUCGGCGGCCGCCAGGGACGCCCAGGUGUUCAAGCCCACCGUCGCCGUCGAUGUCGUGCAUCAGGAACAACAACAACAACAACAACCUGCAGUGAACGCCAUUGCCGACGUCAGCCAGCCAUCUACAUCUCUGGUUGGAUUGCCAGGGCUCCCGCCACUGCCACCUCUUCCGACGAUCCAAAUCCCAGGACUCCCGCCAUUGCCGCAACUUCCGACGAUCCAAAUCCCAGGGCUCCCGCCAUUGCAACCACUUCCAGCAAUCCAAAUCCCGGGGCUCCCGCCAUUGCCGCAACUUCCGACGAUCCAAAUCCCGGGGCUCCCGACAUUGCAACCGCUUCCGACCAUCCAAAUCCCAGGGCUCCCGCCAUUGCCGCAACUUCCGACGAUCCAGAUCCCUGGGCUCCCGCCAUUGCAACCACUUCCAGCAAUCCAAAUCCCGGGGCUCCCGCCAUUGCAACCGCUUCCGACGAUCCAAAUUCCAGGGCUCCCGCCAUUGCCACAACUUCCGACGAUCCAAAUCCCGGGGCUCCUGCCAUUGCCACCACUGCCAUCAAUUCCUAUCACUCUUGGAUCACCAGGAGCACAAAUCCCCAUAAACUCCCAGAGCGCACUGUCAACGUCUACCACACCACAGGUGAUCACAGAGUGCCUGUCGUCGCUGAUGCAGCUGAUGCCAUGCAUGGAGUAUCUGACCAAGGCUGACGAGCCGGCUCCCCCGAGUAUCGGCUGCGACAGCUUCAAGUCGCUUGUGGAGAAGGCGCCCAUCUGCCUCUGCCAUGGCAUCAACGGCGACAUCAGCAAGUUCAUGCCGGCGCCGAUCGAUUUCGCACGUAUGAUGUCUCUUCCGGCCACCUGCGGCGUCGCCCCGCCUGUCGAGGCUCUGACCAAGUGCUUCAGGCCAUCUGCGUAA